CGUUUCCUUCUCAAUUCAGUAAAAUCGUGGGUUAAAUUAUUAUUAGCGAAACGGUUAAAUUUAAAACUGUAAGAAAUCCGUAGCGUGAUUGUGUACAAUCAAUUUGAAAUAGCCGACAAAACCAGAAGCACCUUACCAAGAGACACAAAAUGAGUUCCGGUUUAUAAUUUGCUGUGAAAUGAUCCUAAUUCAUGUAAGAGAUACAAGGAUAUUAAACAGCACAAGCACAUUGGACCUUACCACGUCCACUAUUGAAAUGGUGACAAGUAACACAGAGGCGAAUGCUUCAGCCAGUGCUGCCAUGGAUACAGAAACAUAUGGUGGCUUCUACAUUGGACUCGGUCUUGCAAUUAGUUCAAGCAUAUUUAUUGGGGGAAGUUUUAUUUUAAAAAAGAAGGGGCUCUUGCGAUUGGCUGACAAAGGCACCACUCGCGCAGGCGAUGGUGGACAUGCCUACCUUAAAGAGUGGAUGUGGUGGGCUGGCUUACUGACAAUGGGAUUGGGUGAGGGAGCCAACUUCCUUGCUUAUGCAUUUGCACCAGCUUCAUUAGUUACCCCCCUGGGUGCUCUCAGUGUUCUAGUCAGCGCUGUCCUGUCUUCUUACUUCCUGGAUGAGAGGUUGAACCUCCAUGGGAAGUUGGGAUGCAUUCUCUCCAUCCUGGGAUCAACGGUGAUCGUGAUCCACGCUCCUCAGAAGGAAGAGGUCGCUGAUCUUCAGGAGAUGGGAGAAAAACUUCGAGAUCCAAUUUUCGUCACAUAUGCUGUUGCCGUGCUCCUUGUCUCCCUCUACCUGAUAUUUUACGUGGCUCCGAGGCACGGCACGUCCAACGUGAUGGUCUACAUAAGCAUAUGCUCGCUGCUUGGCUCAUUCUCAGUAUCCUGCGUCAAGGGUGUUGGUAUGGUAUUCAAGGGGUUCGCAGCAGGGGACAAUGUAUGGAUCAAGCCUCUCACAUACGUUCUUAUCAUUGGUUUAGUUCUAUCCGUGUCAACUCAGGUUAACUACCUAAACAAAGCAUUAGACGUUUUCAACACAUCAAUGGUAACUCCAGUCUAUUAUGUCCUGUUCACCACAACAGUUUUGACUUGUUCAGCUAUUCUGUUUAAAGAAUGGAACGAUAUGGAUGCUAGAUCAGUUAUUGGGAUGCUAGCAGGUUUCGGAACGAUUGUCACCGGUAUUUUCUUUCUUCACGCUUUCAAGGACAUUAACUUCUCACUAAAUGACUUACCGAAGUUUUCCAAGAAUGGUGCUUCGGAUCAGUCGGUCCACUAUACCACUAUGAUGAGGAAUCAUACGGAUGAGAGAAGAGAACUCUUGGAUGAGGUGGACCUCACUAUGUACUCAGAGGAUGAUGAAGAAAACUCUGCCGUGCUCUUUAACAAAAAACCCAAGGACACUCUUCAAAAUGGCCGCAUCCAAAGAUAAAUUAUCUUUCCCAACCAAAUGUUCCAUAUACCAAGUUUUGCAGCACAUUGUCCUGUGCCAAGACCCUUCUUCGGUUUUAGGGUUUUAUCAAUUACGGCGUCUCUCGUGUGCUUUUUUCUUUUUUAUCCCGUUGCCCUUCUCUCCUUUUGAACAAUCUUGCAAAUUGUUUGGUGCUCUGGUUCCAGCGAAUUUGCCUUUUUCUCAGUAGCUGACUUAUAUUAAUUUAUCCGAUCGUGCAGUUCGUUUCCCAACUACUAUAUCAUAAUCAUUACAUAAGUAUACCCGUUUAAAUAGCUCAAAAAU